AUUCAGCUUGUCUAAAACCCUCCCGCCGGUUUGCCCUCAGUCGAGAGAGAAAAGAGAGAGAGAACGGAAAUCGCAAGUGCAUAAACCCGUUGAAUAAGGGACUUUAAACGAGCUUCACAGCAGUUCAAUAAGCAAUAUCUUGUUUAGUACUGCUUAAAAUGGACCUUGAUGUCCGGACUCCUGGCUCCCAACUAUUUUCUCAAUCUCAAUACAAAAAAAGAAAAAUUUGUCUGAAUAGCACAGAUUCUUCAUCAUCAUAUCAGGUUUUGUCUGAGAGUAAAGCUUCCUUACCUACUUUGCGAUCUUCUGAUUAUUUUACGGAACCUUGUUUGAGCGAGUUGGCCACUCGGGAACUCAGGGAUCCUGGAUAUUGCAGCCGAGUUAAAGGUUUUACAGUGGGUAGGUUUGGUUAUGGAUGUGUCAAAUUUAUUGGGGAGACUGAUGUCAAAUGGUUGGAUUUAGAUCAGAUUAUCAAGUUCAGUAGGCAUGAUGUAGUAGUAUAUGAAGAUGAAAGUGCCAAGCCUGUGGUUGGUCAGGGCCUUAACAAGGCAGCUGAAGUAACUUUAAUGUUGCAAAUACGAUUCUCUUCAGAAUAUAAAGAGGAGCAACUAAGAAAAGUUGUCAGGAAAUUGAGGCUCAUCACAGAGAGACAGGGAGCAUGCUUUAUUUCAUUUAACCCAUUAAAUGGUGAAUGGAAAUUCUUAGUGAACCAUUUUAGCAGAUUUGGAUUGAGCGAAGACGAUGAAGGCGAUAUUGUAAUGGAUGAUGAGGCCGAAGAAGUUCAAGAUCCUGUGGAGAUGGAUGGUGGUAAUGUUUCUGAUAUUGAUGAAGAAACUGCAGUAGUAGAUCCAAUUCUGCUUUCACAUUCUCUUCCUGCUCAUCUUGGGCUUGAUCCUGUCAAGAUGAGAGAAAUGCGAAUGUUGAUGUUUCCUGCGGAGGAAGAGGAGACUGAGGAUUUUAAUGGGAUAGUUUCACAUCAGAAACUACCCUCCGGUAAAGAAUAUACAAGGUCUCCUUUACAGCAUUCUACUUGGAGGACAAUCUGCAGAUCAAGUCCUCCCGUAGUGCGGAAAUCGCCAUUAGCUUUGCUUGAGUACAACCCUGGUAGUUUUGACUCUAGUUCUCCUGGAAACAUUUUGAUGGCCCAACAAAAUAAGAGCCUACCUUUGAAGACAACAAAAGUUGAAGGUUUUAAGCUGGACCUCAAGCACGAAACACCGGUAACUGGAAGGUAUUCUCACAACGUAGUUGAUGCAGCAUUGUUUAUGGGUAGGUCAUUUCGUGUUGGAUGGGGUCCUAAUGGUGUCCUUGUUCACACCGGUGCACCUGUUGGGAGUGAUAAUUCUCAGAGGGUGUUAUCUUCUGUAAUCAAUUUAGAAAAGGUUGCAAUUGAUAAGGUGGUUAGAGAUGAAAAUAACAAAGUCAGAGAAGAACUUGUUGAAUUUUGUUUUGAUUCUCCACUAAAUCUUCACAAGGCAAUAAAUCAUGAAACAAAAGAAAUUGAAGUUGGCCCCUGCAAACUAAAGCUUCAAAAACUUGUUUGUGAUCCAUUGAUGCUUUCAGAGAUUUGUCGGAGCUAUAUUGGAAUUGUUGAGAAGCAGCUGGAUGUUCCUGGAUUACCUUCUUCUGGUCGUCUGGUUUUGAUGCACCAAGUUAUGAUCUGGGAAUUAAUAAAGGUUCUUUUCUCUGCAAGGGAAAUGAGUGGACAAUCAAAGCCUGUGGGCGCUGACAAUGAGGAAGACAUGAUGCAUGAUAGGAAGGAAGGUUUUCCAGAAGUUGACCUGGAAGCUCUUUGUUUAAUUCGGAGGGCGGAGUUCAGUUAUUGGUUGCAAGAGAGUGUUUGUCACCGGGUGCAAGACAAAGUAAGUUCCUUGAAUGAGAGGAGUGAUUUAGAGCACAUAUUCUUACUCCUAACAGGGCGACAGCUGGAUGCGGCUGUAGAAUUGGCUGCUUCUAGAGGAGAUGUGAGACUGGCUUGUUUGUUGAGUCAGGUUGGUGGGUCCACUGUCAAUCGAUCUGAUAUUGCUCGGCAGCUCCACCUUUGGAGAAUUAAUGGUCUGGACUUCAAUUUUAUAGAAAAGGACAGGAUCAGGCUCUAUGAAUUGCUAUCUGGAAACGUUCAUGGUGCUUUACUUGACAUUAGAGUUGACUGGAAAAGGUUUCUAGGAUUGUUGAUGUGGUACCAACUUCCACCUGACACUUCAUUGCCCGAUAUUUUUCACACUUACCAGCAGCUUCUUGAUGUUGGAAGAGCUCCAUACCCGGUUCCUGUUUACAUUGACGAAGGACCGGUAGAAGAGGCUGUAAAUUGGAGUCCAGAGGAACGUCUGGACCUCGCGUAUUAUCUUAUGCUUCUUCAUGCAGGUGAAGGGAGUGAAUUUGGUCUCCUGAAAACCAUGUUCAGUGCAUUUGCCUCAACUAAUGAUCCACUUGACUACCAUAUGAUCUGGCAUCAGCGUGCAUUAUUGGAAGCAGUUGGCACUUUUAGUUCUAAUGAUCUUCAUGUUCUUGACAUGGGAUUCAUUUCCCAGCUGCUGUGUCUAGGACAAUGUCAUUGGGCCAUCUACGUGGUACUUCAUAUGUCCCAUCGUGAUGAUUUUCCAUAUCUCCACACUAGUCUUAUUAGGGAAAUCCUGUUCCAAUACUGUGACUCUUGGAGUACACAAGAAGAACAGCGCCAAUUUAUUGAGGACUUGGGCAUUCCUUUGGCAUGGUUGCAUGAGGCUAUGGCGGUAUAUUUCAAUUACUACGGCAAUCUUCCAGUGGCCCUUGAACACUUUCUUCAAUGUGCAAGUUGGCAAAAAGCACAUUCAAUUUUCGUAAAUUCAGUUGCUCAUUCUUUAUUCUUGUCAGCCAAGGACUCGGAGAUAUGGAGGCUUGCAACUGCCAUGGAAGGCCACAAGUCAGAGAUUGAAGAUUGGGACUUAGGAGCUGGAAUUUAUGUAUCAUUUUAUCUAUUAAGAAGUUCCUUGCAGGGAGAUAAUAAUACCCCGACUGAAAUGGAUACUCUUGAGAACAAGACUGAUGCUUGUAGAGACUUCUUUGGUCGCUUAAAUGAGUCUCUGAGCAUUUUGGGUAGCAGAUUACCAGUUGAUGCAAGAGUGGCAUAUUCGAAGAUGGCUGAGGAGAUCUGCAAUUUGCUUCUAUCUGAUAUUGGCGCUGGUGCGACACGUGACUUUCAGUUGAGCUGCUUUGACAGUAUAUUCAGUGCACCCAUCCCUGAAGACCUCCGAUCAUGUCAUUUGCAGGAUGCUGUAUCACUGUUUACGUCAUAUCUUUCCGAGGCAGCCUCAUAGUGUAAUUUUUUUCCCCAUUUAUUUUAAGACUAAAUUUGUAAUUCAUGCUUGUGUUAGUCAAAACAUGGAGUGUCGUCUGUGGCGUUGUCUCUUGUAUCAUAACCCUAUUAUUUUCAGAUAAAAUUUUGUAGCUUAUAUUUGUAAUAUUAAAUUGGGACUGGUUCUUAUCAAUUUUACCUCGAAUAUAUUUCAAUCGUCUUCUAUGGUGUUCUUCUAUUCAA